AUGAUUUCUGACCACCAUGCCAUACACUGUGAACUUGACCUUUGCAAACCACAGUUUGCGAAGAAAGUUGUGAAUUUCAGAAAGCUUCGAUCGGUUGACAUAGACCAACUUUCUGAAGACCUUCUCAACUCUGAACUUUUUCAAAACCAACAAGUGAAUAUUAAUAACCUGGUUAUAAAGUAUGACAACACCCUUAAGGCACUGUUAGACAAGCAUGCUCCACUAAAGGCGAAACUUGUUACCAUCCGCCCAAAAGCUGCCUGGUAUACACCCGAGGUCUCUAAGGAAAAGAGAAAGAGACGGCGCUUAGAGAGGAAAUGGGUUUCCACUGGUCUCCCAACUGACCGUGCUAAUUAUGCUUACCAGUGUGGGGUAGUCUACAAUCUUAUUGAUUCACUAAAGACCUCAUACUACACAUCGAUCAUACAGGAGCAUUCUUUGGAUCAAAAGGUUCUUUUCAAAACCAUUAACAAACUUCUUGAGAAGAAGUCAGUUCAAUAUUACCCAGUUGCCUUCUGUAGUGAGGUAUUAGCCAACAACUUUGCUGGUUUCUUAAAUGAAAAAAUAUCUAAAAUCCAUCUAGAUCUAAUGGAACAGCAAACCAUGGUUGGCCCCAACCCUUAUUGUGACCAUACGUGUACAGUAGAAAUGAGUGAAUUUGAUGUAAUUUCGGAAGAUGAUGUUAAAAUCUUAGCUCACAAGCCUAUAUCGAAGUCUUGUAAUCUUGAUCCUUUGCCGGCCUCCCUCUUAAAGGGAUGCUUUAGUACACUCCUUCCUAAAAUAACCAGGAUUGUUAAUGCCUCGCUUUCAUCAGGUGUAAUGCCUGAUCCAAUGAAAGUUGCUGAACUUCACCCUUCAUUGAAAAAGCACAAUGCCAAUCACCUACUUUACCCUAACUUUCGUCCAGUCUCUAACCUACCGAUGGUUUUUAAGGUGAUCGAAAAAGCUGUUGCUGAACAAUUGACAAAGCAUAUAGUUAGCAAUAAUUUGGAUGUUUCCCUCCAAUCUUCUUAUAAGAAAUUCCAUUCCACGGAGACAGCUCUUAUUAAGGUGCUGAAUGACAUCUUAUGUGCCAUUGAUGGUGGAAACUCGGUAUUGAUGCUACUGCUUGACCUGUCGGCGGCAUUUGAUACCGUUGAUCAUUCCAUUCUUCUUUCACGUCUCUCAUUGAGUUAUGGCCUGACUGGCAAUGUUCUCGCUUGGUUCCGCUGA